UUCAUUGUUUUUACUUCAUCUCUUACCAAAGACAGAGCUAGGUAGGGUGUCAUCCAUUCUAUCUUUAUCCUGUCAGCACAUCAAAACAAUGGCAUUGCUGAAUCCGAAGCCUGAACCCGAAGCGUGAAGAUGUACCUAUUAUUAGGGGUUUCUACACCGUUCUGCUGACAUGAAACAGGGAUGAAGAAUGCCGUUAACAUGGUUACCAUGAGGAUCUUCAUCGCGCCUACUGCGCAGUCUGCGCCUUGCUCAAAUUAAACUCCUGCAGUACUGGGUUUAAAUCUUCAUGAUGCAAACUUUGUCAAUAUCUAUUAACCCCUCCUCAAAUUGAAAGGAGUCCAGUACUCUCGUCGCAUCAAUCGAGUGAAAAGCAUUCACAAAAACAAAGUGUAGAGUAGUACGUUGAAGUCACACAGCUCCAGCCUUGUCUUGGAAUAUAAGCAGUACCUACUGGAUCACUGCAGUCACUACUAUAUUGUCUCAUGACCAAACACAACACACGGCGAGCUCAUGUCGGCAACAAUAACACUCACGAUGUCGCAGACGUCAGGAAUUCAAGCUGCGUGUCCGAAUUGUGGAAUGGCUUUACCGCAUAACAAUUCAGAGAUUGCAAUAGAUGCGCAGAAACAAAUUGAGGAAUUACAAGCUCAAGUAAAGUUACUGACAGAGAAAGCAACCGCCGCAGGUAGGCUUUUCCUUAUGAAUCUUUAACCUCCCGACUUAUGAUAAUACUAGUGGAUAAAUGGGCAGACUACGAAGACGAAAUUCAAUCGCUCAAGAAGGCACAAUCUCAGCAAAUUCCAGAACCUCCGCGUGCAACAACACCAACACAAGGGCUCACUGAAGAUCGAGCCGGAAGCCCAAGUCGUUUCUCAUAUCUGCCAGUUCAAAAUCGACUUUCUUCUUUGCUGUCUCGCAAGUCCACGCCGAAUCUGCAAGCCCAGCCUCCGCCAACCCCGAAAACACCUUCUACAACGGAGUUAAUAGCGGCUUUAACAAGAGAGCAAGGCUUACGACAGGCAGCGGAGGGCAAAUUAAAUGCAUCCAGUGUCGAAUUAGAAGAGUUGACCGCACAACUGUUCACACAAGCCAAUGAAAUGGUUGCCACGGAGCGAAGAGCGAGAGCCAAACUCGAAGAGCGAGUUGGAGUAUUGGAAAGAAGGGAUGUGGAAAAGGGAAAACGGCUCGAAAGGCUUGAAGGCGCGGUGCAGAGAAUUGAAAGAGUCAGGGGGCUUUUGGCGCCGGAACGAUGAGAAGAGCGAACACGACGAUACGACUAAAUGCAUGAGAACAAGACGACUGGGAGCGCGGGUCAUUAAAAAGGGGCUACGGGGCUAUGUGCAUGUGCGGCAGAAGGUCGCAGUUUUGUGUCAUACGAAAUCAUUGAAAGAGACAGAGCGAUCUACUACCCGCGAGAUAUCUUUAACAACAUUAAUAACACGGAAUCGAACCUCUCGUCGGUGUCAUUCCAAAUCAACGAAAUUCCAUACCAUCUCUCGACCACAUCAUCAAUAUCACUCACGCCCCAGAUUUCGCGAUGUGUAUAGACCAACCUGCAUACCGGCGGCCUCGGAAAUGGAAAUCUGGAUGAUAGAGCUGUGGAAGGACUUCCUCCUCGAACCUACGCCUUACCUAGUCAUAUCCGCUACUUUCUACUUGGGCCUCUUUUUGAUAUCAUUACAGUAUUAUCCGACCAUUUGGAAUAUUGCUUACUUUCUCAUCCAACUUAUACCUUGGGAUGACGAUUUUGGAGCCCCUGGUCAUUUAUUUUGACUAUACCUUUUAAUGCGUUUUUUCGGAGCUUGUUAGAUAUGAUACCCCAACUUGUAUAUAUAUUUUCGAGACUUAUUCAUACCUGCCAGGUGGAGGUAGAUUAGUAUCCACCAUUAAUGUCUACAACC